AUGGAUACAUUGACCAAAGUUGUCACUACCACUGCCAUCGAACCCGAACCAUCAUUACUUUUCUGCGAGCUCUUAUCAUCCUCCGAUCGUGUCUCCCCUUUCACCACACGGAAACGAUGGAAACAAGCAUUCAUAGAACUGACGUAUCUGUCUCGACAGUGGCAGCCGUCGGACGGUCCUCCUCCUCCUUAUUCCAUUUGGAUGGCCUCCUCGGAAGUCGAUCAAAAGUUUCUCGGCUAUUUCGCAAAAGUCACCACCACUGAGAAUAAUUAUCUUUCAAGUUUUCUAUUUCGGGUUCUGGGUUUAUCGGUAAUACUUGCGGAAAAGCUUUUGCGCGCACGUAAAGCAAAACGGCUGGAUCCCGUGCGCGAUCCCAGAGCCAGACAUCUCAUUCAUCAUAUACUAUGGCUGGCACGCGAGGGGCUAGUCAUGGUGGAGCAGUAUAUCCUCCCUAUGGUGGGCAACUACGUGGAGCUCCGUGUUCUGUCUUAUAAACUCAAAGCGUCAUUUUAUCACAUUUUCGUCCUCUUCCACAAUGACCCUCCGGUCAACGAUCGCAUCAACCGCUCGAGAUCCGACUCCUUUUCCCUCUUUCCAGACCCUCUAUCACCACGACUUUCCAAAACCUCAUCACGAGACCCGACCAUCCGGUCACCAACGGGUGGAGGUCGCCAACGUUCACCGGCCAUCAGCCUCGGAGGGCCUGUCGGCGGCGAUGGCAGUAUGACCACAGCACGAACACCGCCUGGCCUGCCGCUCCCAGCAACCCACCCCUACCCGAACGGCAACGCCAACAACGGCAGCGGCGUUGCGACCUUCCUCCUCCCUCUCCAAGACUACACACCCUACGCGACACGCGCAUUCCGUGAAGCCAACGAACUCGCCGAACGCCUACUCCCCGGGUCUCACCCGGUACGCCUCUCGGUGAAGGUUGAGUACGUCGCGUACGUGUACGACUGCCUGCACGAGGCGGAGGCGAGUCGCAAGAUGGCGCGGCUGGCGGUCCGGCACGUCUACGAGGCCCAAGAAGGCAUGGACGACGAUUCGUUCGAGGAUGCCGCGGAGAUGGUAGGCAUUUUGGGUCGCAUGAUGAAGCGUGGCCUUGGUGCCGGUGACAGCUCCGGCAGUCAGCAGGCGGGCCAGUCCCAGGGUCGCGAGAGGGUCGGUGCUGGUACGAAUGCUGAGCAGCCGCCUGUGCCAUCGGCCGCCUCGAGCACAGCGAGAGUGAGGCCUGGCGUUGGCGGGAAUACUGCCGCGAGAUUGAACUCACAGUCGUCGCGGACUUCGUCUCAGCAGCCAUCUACUUGGGUAUAG